CGGCGGAGGGAUCCGGCCUGGGGAGUCGGUCCGGACCCGGGCCUGGGACUUCCGAGCCAGAUCUUCCCACGGCCGGAGCCCCGCACCUGCGCCCUCGGAGCGCGUCUCGGACGCCAUGGCCGCCGCCGCGGGCUUGCGGGCCUUCAGGGCCAAGGUGCCCGACUGGCUCCGGCACGGCCGGUGCGUUCCGCUCGCCGCCGGCUUCUGCAGCGGAGGGCCCGCCGGGGCCGGGCAGCCGGAGCCGGGGUCGCGACUCACGAGCUCGCGGCAGCGGGACGGCAUCAGGAACAUUGUCUUGAGCAAUCCAAAGAGGAGGAAUGCGCUGUCACUGGCAAUGCUGAAAUCUCUCCAAAGGGACAUUCUUCAUGAAGCUGAAAGCACAGAUCUGAAAGUCAUUAUCAUUUCAGCUGAGGGACCUGUAUUUUCUUCUGGGCAUGAUUUAAAGGAACUGACGGAUGAGCAAGGUCCAGAAUAUCACACUGAAGUAUUUCAAACCUGUUCUGAGGUCAUGAUGCUGAUCCAGAAUCAUCCCGUCCCCGUGAUCGCCAUGGUGAACGGCUUGGCCACCGCUGCUGGCUGUCAGCUGGUUGCCAGCUGUGACAUUGCCGUGGCCAGUGACAAGUCCUCAUUUGCCACUCCAGGUGUGAACAUCGGGCUCUUCUGCUCCACCCCUGGGGUGGCCUUGGGGAGAGCAGUGCCAAGAAAGGUCGCCUUAGAAAUGCUCUUCACCGGGGAACCCAUAUCUGCUCAGGAAGCCUUGCUCCAUGGGAUGCUCAGUAGAGUGGUGCCGGAAGAGCAGCUGGAGGAAGAGACCAUGAGAAUCGCAAGGAAGAUCGCCUCCUUGAGCCGUCCUGUGGUGUCUUUGGGCAAGGCUGCCUUCUACAAGCAAGUGCACCAGGACCUUAGAACGGCCUACCACCUGGCCUCCCAGACCAUGGUGGACAAUGUGGCCCUGCAAGAUGGGCAGGAGGGAAUCAAGGCCUUCAUCCAGAAGAGAAAACCCGUCUGGUCACACUGAGCCGGCCUGAACAGAGGGAUGGAGGGAGUGUGACCCAGUGAGCAGCACUCAGGAUGCUCCUCGCCCCCCCAGCCACCACUGCUGCCUCAUGACAGGAACAGCAGACAGACUGCUUCUGUACCAUUAGUCAUGGUCCCACUGCAUGGGGUCUAUAUUCAAAGCCAUGGUUCCUGGGAAAAGGAUGAAACCGAGAUUCAAAGGAGAUGCUAAUUUAAGGGUAGUGAGCACCUAUGCUGGGUCAGCUGUGGUAAUAAGCCUGGAUUUUGAUAAACUUCUUCAUGGGACCUUAAGUGUGGGACCACCCCGACAUGGGAGAAGGUGACGAUAAAAUGAAGCAUGAAAGAAGGAUGCCAACCUGCUUCUGUUAUCAGAAAUGUCCCGUACGGUGGAGGUAGUUCUGGUUGCCCAGACACACGAACCAUUUCCAAUCUCCAUGAGGUAGUCUCCACAUUGCACAUUUUGGUUCUAUUGAGAAAGAAUCAUGCCUAUGGCUUUGGAAUAAUCUUAUGUGACUUUAAAAUAUUAAGUAUUUAGAGAGACUGGUAUUUUAUCUUCUUAACCAGAAUAUAAGCUGUUUGAGGAAAAAAAUAAAUGAAUUCAUUCUUUGUAUGCCUGUGCUAUGGACACAGAGUAGGUGCCUGAUGUUUCUGUAGUGAAUGUCCUGGCCAUUGGAGCUACUGUGAAACCGGGACCCUGGGCAUAACCUGAGGAUAAAAACAUCAGGAUAGGUGGGAAGGAUGCAGAGCACACGUCCUACCCACUAAAAAUCACCUGCUCCGGACAUGCUUCCAAACUCUGCUCAGCUUCUGGUGAGAAUCCACAGUAGCAUCAGGCAGUUGAGUUCCCAGCUGAGCAAGGGCUUGGCUUAGGACCUAAACAUGCUACUUUCUGGCUUCUGGUUCAGGCUGACCCAAGAUAUGUUCUAAAUCUCCUGUCCUCAAACUUGCCCAGCUUAUCUUUUUUUAAAAAUAUAUUUUAUUGAUUUUUUACAGAGAGGAAGGGAGAGGAAUAGAGAGGUAGAAACAUCAAUGAGAGA